CUUCGCGUGCGCUUGUAUGGUGACUAGCCGGCCGGAUUAAUAAAACUCCACCGAAAUUUGCGGUCCUUCGAGCUUCGCAGCUUGAGAGCGUGCCUCCAAGCAGAUCGUUGAUCAAGCACAAGACCUACAGAAUCCUCCAGCCUUUCCGGAUUUCGCCACAUAUAUUCGACUGGCGCCAACUCUGAACGACCAAAGUUUCCGAUUCCCAUAAAAGCGCAUUACUAUUCACAAUGACUGGUCGCGGUGGUGGCGGUGGUCGCCGCGUUUUGCUCCCUCCCAUUAACAUGAUUUUCAAACUCCUCCAAAGCAACGCCACCGUCAGUGUAUGGCUGUACGAACAGCUCGCCAUCCGAAUCGAGGGCAAGAUUAGAGGCUUUGACGAGUUCAUGAACCUUGUCAUUGACGAUGCUGUGGAGGUUAAGCAGGUCACAAAGACAAACGAUAAGGAGUCGAGGAGGCCAUUAGGCCAAAUCUUGCUCAAGGGAGACAACGUGUCACUGAUUCAGAACUUGUCUGCGUAAAGCGUUGGCGAAAAUGGACGAUAAAAAAUCCCGGCUUUAGCACCCGAGGCUGGGUUACUACGACCUAAAGAUUGAAAUUUAAAAGGGAGAUACUGCGUCAGUUCUCUUUAUUGGCAUGGAUAUAACUGGGAGACGGAUUACUUUUGUUUCGUUGUGAUGAACAAUUGCUUGGUUGUUUUUGAGGCGUCUGGUACUUGGCUUAAAACUGCUACCUAGUCAAACGAGUUUUGUUGACAAACAACUUUUCUUUGCAUGUCGUUUUGGAAAUCUGAUCUAAGUGAAAAUAAAACUUUAAAA